AUGUUUACUUCAAGAUCUGGUUUAAAAUGUUUAAAAUUAUUUAUUAAAGAAAAUCAUUACUCAAUAAUUUCACCGAGAUUGAUCACAGGAAUUUCUGGGAAAAAGAAAGAAAUUUCUAAUAUUCAAUUAAGAAGUUUAACAACUGAAAAUAAAGAGAUUACAACAUCAAAGGCUAGGAUAACGAAAAAAUAUGUUUUAUCAACUGUUGAUAAAGUGAUUAAUUGGGCUCGUCAGGGAUCAAUCUGGCCAAUGACGUUUGGUUUGGCAUGUUGCGCUGUUGAAAUGAUGCAUAUGGCAGCAUCAAGGUACGAUCAAGAUCGUAUUGGUAUUGUUUUUCGUGCAUCACCGAGACAAUCUGAUGUUAUGAUUGUAGCUGGUACUUUAACAAACAAAAUGGCACCUGCGCUAAGAAAAAUGCCUGAGCCUCGUUGGGUGAUUUCUAUGGGUUCAUGUGCAAAUGGAGGAGGAUAUUAUCAUUAUUCUUAUAUUCCUGUAGAUAUAUAUGUUCCAGGAUGUCCACCAACGGCAGAAGCUUUACUAUACGGUGUACUUCAAUUACAAAAAAAGAUGAGAAGAUCUAGAGUUCGUUAUUGA